CUUAUCGAAUUAUAGUAAGCCAUGGUUAUCCUUCUACUCUGCACAACGCCUGCAUGAGAAUUAAAUGUAGAAUUUAACAUUUCUCUUUUACAUUGAAUCUUUUCUUUUUGGUCAGCUCUUUGCUGAAAGGAUCAAGAGUGGCACAUACAACAAGACACUCCAUUCAUUUCAAUUGCCGCAUUUUCUACAGCAAACUGUCCCCUGCAAAUGAUCAUUCAUCAAUCAUCCCUCCAACUAAUCCUGCAUUUGUAGUAAUGUCCACCGCUCAACAACUAAAUCACAUUAACUCUACUCAAUCAUCCUUCAAAAAACACAAGCUUAACCUUGAUAUGCCAAAAUUUAGACUCCGGUCAAGUUCACAUUCCAUUGAUACUUGUGAUGCAUUAAUUUACUGUUGCCCAGUUGUUGCAUGGGGCGCAUUUAACAUAUUAUGUGCCACUAACAAAUUUCAUUUCCUCAAUAAGUCUAUAAAUCUGUAUAUAUAUAUAUGAACAUAUAUGCAUGAUAUGAUUAUCAAAACGUUGUAUGGAAAAUGAAGGAUACUUACUGAAUAGUUCGAGAUGAAAAUUAACAUUGUUAUUCUGAGUUUGAUAGCCUUGGUCUUGAUUUCUUCAACCUUAUUAGUGGAAGCUAGAAGUAGGAAUAAUGAAGAAGAGAAGAGGAGAAGUCGCGGUGGGGUAGGAAGAAGUAGAAGAAGCAGUGGUGGGAGAAGAUCAAGAGGAAGGUCUUCGUCAUCUUCGGGUUGUGAUCCUUUAUUUUCAUACCUCUUUGGAAGUUGUGGUCAGUGGCCUUUCCCUCGUAACUCACAAAACAACCCAUUUACCCAACCAAUUUCCCCUUCACCCUCACCUCGCCUCCCAGCUCCGCCAUACCGUCCUCCGAUUGUACCAUCUCCUCCACCAGCGGUUAUACGGCCACCAGUUCUCCCGUCUCCACCACCUCUCAUUCCUUCACCUCCAAUAGUAAGCCCAUCACCACCUCCGCUCGUUACGCCGUCACCACCACCGGUCGUUGCACCAUCACCGCCACCUGUAGUGGCUUCUCCGCCACCAGCUUCACCACCACCACCGGUCUUCUCACCUCCACCUUUAGUUCCAUCUCCGCCACCACCAAUUCCACCACCACCUUUAGUUCCUUCCCCACCUCCGCCAGAACCUCCGCCAUUCUUUGUCUUCCCACCACCACUAGUUGCUUCGCCACCUCCACCGGCAGAACCUGUCUUCCCUUGGUGGUCCCCUCCUGACCCAGACGACACUCCCAAUUUUCCGCUAUUUUCUCCUCCGCCGUUGGUACCCGAUUUUCCCCUCCCAACACCUCAACCACCAGAUUUUCCACCAGAAACUCCACUGGUGCCCAUAUUUUCUCCACCAGAACAAGAUUUCCCCCCACCUACACCACUUCUCCCUAUAUUUUCUCCACCUCCAAUUUUCACUCUUCCACCGCCGGAACAAAAUUUACCUCCAGCUACACCGCUUGUCCCUAUUUUUCCGCCAGCAGAUGACCAGCCAGUGAUUCCCGAUCACCCACCAAAUAGUUUUAUGCCAUCUCCACUGUUUCCUGAUCAACCACCGACCAAUUUUCUGCCUUCACCGAGUUUUCCUGAUCAACCACCAAACAACUUUCUUCCGUCACCGAUGUUCCCUGAUCAACCACCAGUCAAUUUCCUGCCAUUUCCUGUAAUUCCUGAUCAACCACCGACCAAUUUCCUGCCGUCACCUGUAAUUCCUGAUCAACCGCCAGAAACAUUUCUCCCGUCACCGUUAGUUCCCGAUCAAGCCCCGCCAGUUGCAGUAAUUCCGCCAUUUGAGCUUCCGCCUCAGCCGGACUCGCCACCAUUCGCCUAAUAGUUAAUGGUUCACGUCUUCACGAUCUCCAUUGAAUUUGAAACCGCAUGUUUUUUAUUUUCCUUUGGUGCAUUUUUCUUUUUUCUUUUUUACUUUUUUUCUCAACUGUAGUUAAAA